UCUUUCUUCCUCCUGGCAAAGCGUCCAGCCCUGCCUGCUCCUCCUCGGGCCUGGGCGCCUCCAGCAGGCACUUCCCUCCCUCCCUCUCUCCCCAGCUGCCUCCUCCUCUUCUCUCCCCGCUCUCCUUCCCCUUUCACCCCAUCCCCUGCCCUGGCUGCAACCAUGAGGGUCUUGGCCUGCCUCCUUGCGGCCCUGGUGGGGAUCCAGGCUGUUGAGCGCCUGCGCCUGGCCGAUGGCCCCCAUGGGUGCGCUGGCCGCCUGGAGGUCUGGCAUGGCGGGCGCUGGGGCACCGUGUGUGAUGACGGCUGGGACCUGCGCGAUGCCGCCGUGGCCUGCCGGCAGCUGGGCUGCGGAGGGGCACUGGCCGCCCCGGGAGGCGCCUUCUUCGGGGAGGGGGCAGGGCCUGUGUGGCUCAGCGAGCUGGCUUGCCGGGGCAACGAGGGGCAGCUGGGCCUCUGCCACCACCGGGGCUGGAAGGCCCACAUCUGCUCCCACGAGGAGGACGCGGGCGUCGUCUGCGCAGGUCAGCGCGUGGCUAACUCCAGGGACGACUCAACAUCUCCCCUGGAUGGGGCUCCCUGGCCAGGGCUGUUGGUGGAGCUGAGCCCCAGCACGGAGGAGCCCCUGGUGACACAUGCCCCCCGCCCAGCUGGGAACCCCCAGAACGCCUCCCGGAAGAAGAGCCCCCGGCCCAAGCAGGCCAAGUCCACCCGGGCCCCUCUGCUGACGACAGGAGCCCCCCGCCAAGAGCGGCUGCGCCUGGUCUCUGGCCCCCACAGGUGCACCGGACGCCUGGAGGUCUGGCACGGCGGGCGCUGGGGCACCGUAUGUGACGACGGCUGGGACCUGCGUGACGCUGCUGUAGCCUGCCGGGAACUGGGCUGUGGGGGGGCGCUGGCUGCCCCCGGGGGUGCCAGAUUCGGGCCUGGUGCAGGGCCCGUGUGGAUGGACGAUGUGGGGUGUGGAGGAGGAGAACAGACCCUCCGAGACUGCCCCCGAAGCCCCUGGGGCCGGAGCAACUGUGACCACAGCGAGGAUGCGGGGCUGGUCUGCACCGGCCCGGCACCUCGGCUGCGCCUGGCCGAUGGCCCCCACGGGUGCGCCGGCCGCCUGGAGGUCUGGCACGGGGGUCGCUGGGGGUCGGUGUGUGACGACGCCUGGGACCUGCGAGACGCCGCUGUGGCCUGCCGGGAGUUGGGCUGCGGAGGGGCGCUGGCCGCCCCCGUGGGCGCCUUCUUUGGGGAGGGGUCUGGACCCAUCAUCCUGGACGACCUUCGGUGUCGGGGAAACGAGACGGCCUUACGAUUCUGCCCAGCUCGGCCCUGGGGCCAGCAUGACUGUCACCACCGCGAGGACGCUGGGGCCGUGUGUGACGGCAUGCCCCUGGGCUAUGUCCCUCCCACGGCCCCCACGGACAGCAACGACUCCACGCCCAGGGAGGCUGCCUCCAGGCCCCCGUCCACCAUGACGAGCCAGGCUCCAGGGACGGCAGGCGUUUCACCUCCUCCAGCCUCCCCUACUGUCCUUUGGGAGCCUGGACCGGAAGCCGGGUCCCCCCAGCUGCGCCUGGUGGCUGGGCCCAGCAAGUGCUCAGGUCGACUGGAGGUGUGGCAUGACCAGCGCUGGGGGACCGUGUGUGACGAUAGCUGGGACAUGCGGGAUUCAGCUGUGGUCUGCCGGGAGCUGGGCUGUGGUGGACCUCGGCAGCCAGACCCUGCCGCUGGCCGCUUUGGCUGGGGUGCGGGCCCCAUCUGGCUAGAUGAUGUGGGCUGUGUGGGGACUGAGGCUUCACUGUCCGACUGCCCUGCUGCUCCCUGGGGAAAGCACAACUGCGCUCACAAUGAGGAUGUUGGGGUCACCUGCACUGGGCCCCCAGGCCUGGACUCCAUCUCAGACCCCUUCAGCUGGAGCUGGAUUCCUGGACUGGGGAGAGAUCGGGAUGCCUGGCUCCCGGGAGAGCUGGCCACCAAGCCCUCUGCAAGUGUGACUGCCAGUGUUCUGGAGAAAACAACCACGAAGGCCCCAGGGAAAAUGCCUAAGAGUACUAAGAAGUGGGUGACAAAAAAUGCAAAGAGAUCAACCACUCAACCCCCAGUGAUGCCAACCACGAAACACUCCAGGGCCCAAAGCCCCCCAGACCUAACCUCACAGACCACUACAGCCCUGACCACUGAGGCCUCCCGAAGACCUACCUCUGAGUUUACCAGAAGGCCGACCACGGAGGCCCCCCAGAGAUGGACCUCUCACACCACUGCCACGCUGACCCCUCAGGCCCCCCGAGAACGGACCACUAAGACCAUGGCAAUGCUGACCACUCAAGGUCCCCAAGAAAUGACCUCUGAGUCCACUAUCAAGAGUAUCCCUCAGGCCUCCCUGGAGCCAUCUGCUGAGAUCCCAGAAGGGUCUCCAGAGUCACCCAAAGACCCGGCCCCCUCUCCCAGUGUUAGCACCACUGGGGAAUCAGGCCUGUUCCGGGUUCGUCUGGCCGAUGGGCCCAACCGCUGUGCUGGCCGGCUGGAAGUGUGGCAUGCUGGACGCUGGGGAACAGUGUGUGAUGACAACUGGGACCUGCGGGACGCCACUGUGGCCUGCUGGGAACUGGGCUGUGGAAAGGUCCGGCCUCGAGUAGGCAAAACCCAUUACGGCCCUGGGACUGGGCCCAUCUGGCUGGAUGACAUGGGCUGUAAGGGAAGCGAGGCCUCACUGAGCGACUGCCCCUCGGGGGCUUGGGGGAAGCACAACUGUGACCACGAGGAAGACGUGGGGCUCACGUGCACUGGCUACACAGACUAUGACGAUUAUCCCCCCUGGACCUGGGACCCCACCUCAACAGAGGACCUGGCCAAGGGGACUACCACAGCGGGGGUACCUGGACACACUCUCCCCUGGAGCACCACCCGGCGCCCGGGUAGCUCCUCCCCAGCAACAAGGCGCCUGCCGGACACAGGAAGCAAAGAUGGUUACAAGCUUCCCUGGACGUGGGACACACCAUCAGGAAGGGGCCUGGCUGAGGGGACCCCUACCGUAGGCAAACUAGGACCAACUCUUGGGGCUGGCACCACCAGGAGCCCAGGCAGUCCUCCAACUCCGAGAGUCCAUGGAGACACAGGUUCCCCGAGGAAACCGUGGCCCGAGCGCCGGCCACCGCGGCCCGCUGCGACCAGGACAGCGCCCCCAACCCCGUCCCCAGGUCCCUCCGCCUCUCCGGGACCCCCAGGCCCAGCGCUGACCUCUGACUCCAGUCCAGAGCUCACUCCCCACUCAGCCUUGACGUCCGAGGCGACCUCUGACCCUCCGAACACUUCACCACCCACCCCAGACCCGGCCUCCCGGACGAACCCCGACCUCAUCUUGACAAGCCCUGACUUUGCUUUGUCCACCCCUGACUCCAGUGUGGUUCCCGCGUUGACCCCGGAGCCCUCACCCACGCCCUUACCCACCUUGCCCAAAGAGCUGACCUCUGACCCUUCUACACCAUCGGAGGUGACCAGCCUUUCCCCUACCUCAGAGCAGGUCCCAGAAUCUGACACAACCCCAGAUUUGGACACAACUCCAUACUCCAGUACAGUCUCAGAAUAUUCUAGAUCCCCAGACCCCUCCCCAAGCCCUCACCCCACUACUACCCCUGAUCCCACCAUGGCCCCUGACCCCAUCACAACCCCUAACCCUACUGUGACCCCUCACUUCCCUACCACCCCUCACCCCACCACGACCCCUCAACCCACCACCAUCACCCACUCCACCAUGAUUCCUGACCCAACCACAACCCCUCAACCCUUCACCACCAUGCAGCCCACCACGACCCCUCACCCCACCAUGACCCCUCACCCCACCAUGACCCCUCACCCCACCACAACCCCUCACCCCACCACGACUCCUGACCCCACCACGACCCCUUACCCCACCACCAUCACUCACUCCACCAUGAUUCCUGACCCCAGCACAACCCCUCAACCCUUCACCACCAUGCAGCCCACCACGAUCCCUCAUCCCAUCACGACCCCUCACCCCACCACAACCCCUCACCCCACGACAACCCCUCACCCCACCAUGACUCCUGACCCCACCACGACCCCUUACCCCACCACUACUCCUGAUCCCACCACGACCCCUCACCCCACCACAACUCCUGACCCUUCCUCAACCCCUGUCAUCACUACUGUGUCCCUUUCAACCUCCUUGGGGACAGAACUCUCCUCUCCCACUGUAGCACCAACAGUCAAGCCCAGUCUGCACCCCCAGUUGACCUUCACAGCACCUGCCCCUCACACCUCUACAUCCCAGAUACCCACCUUAGAGCCCUCUCCAGCCUUGGAGUCCAGCCCCUCCAGGUCCUCCACAGCCACAAUCAUGGACCCACUGUCCACUGAGGACUUCAAGCCACCCAGAAGCCAGAGCCCCAACCUAACCCCUCCACCCACCCAUACCCCACACUCAGCCUCUGACCUCACUGUGUCCCCUGACCCCCUCCUUUCCCCCACAGCCCACCCCUUGGAUCAUCCUCCCCUUGACCCCCUCACCCUAGGGCCAACUCCUGGUCAGAGCCCAGGCCCCCAUGGUCCAUGUGUGGCCCCAACACGACCUGUAAGGGUCAUGGCUUGUGAGCCACCUGCCCUGGUGGAGCUGGUGGCUGCUGUGAGGGAUGUGGGUGGUCAGCUGCAGAGACUGACCCAGGUCGUGGAACAGGAGCGGCAGGAGCGCCAAGCCCUGCUGCUGGGGCUGACGCAGCUGGUAGAAGCUGCCCGGGGUCUGGGGCAGCUGGGUGAGGCCAUGAAGAGACUGGCAGAGAUGGCCUGGACCACCAGCAUGCCUGCACCAACCACCACUACCCCAGAGGAAGAAGAAAGACCCCUGAGGGGAGACGUGUGACCCUCUCCAGGAUUUGAGGGGCUUAAGACACCCCCAACCAAAAAAAACACAAACAAACAAACAAAAAAAACCCCAAAGUAUCUAAUUAAAAACAAGGUGUGAAUGGUA